AUGAAAGCUGGAAAGACAAAUGUGCCACCGGCCUCGGCCCCACCGCUGCCGCCGCCGUCAUACGACGACGUCAUGUCUGAUAUUGCCUCGGGCUCCAGUACCGCAGCAGCCGGCCCAUCAACCUCUGCUGCACCGCGCCGCCGCAACUCCACCGGCAAGGGUGGCGCCGGGCCCUUCAGCGACAACAGCAUCCCUCCGAGCCCUGACAGCUCACCGCCGCUGGAAGAGAGCCAGCCGCUGAUUCACCCGCAGUCAUCCGCUGCGCCCAACCGCCACCCACAUAAUCCUGCCGAGUUGUCAUCACGCGACGCUCGGUCCAAGGGAUACUCGUCGUCAGACCAGUGGCUCAACACCGAUGUCAUGGCCCUGCACCGAUUCCUCAGCGAAAGCAACGAGCGCCCACGGGUGUCUGUCGAAGUGGUCGACCGCAUCGUCGACUUCAAGUUCACCCUCGAGCUGACUCCCUACAUCCACGAAAAAGGCAACCUAUUCACUGCGCGCACGCCCACCGGCGAGCCCUACGACAUCAUGAAGGUCCUGAACGACUACGUCAAGGCCGAGAAUAUCCUGAAGGAGCUGCGGGUCCAAAAGAAGGUCAUCUGGGACUACGACCUGGUGCGCAGAGAGCUGACCGAGUACAUUAAAUCCGUCGGCUACCCGCACUCGGUCGCUGUCUCGUUCCCCAUGGAGCACGACCGCAUCGUUGUCAAGUCGCACAGUGAUGUUGCUCGCGUCUGGCGCCACCCCGUCACCUCCUUCCUCUGCUUCAUCACCUGCGCCUGCCUAGUCGGCUGGCCCAUCCAGUACUUUGCCACCCGCCGGUGGAAGAACAAGAUCAUGUCUGACUUUGUUGUCGUCGCCAGUCCCAGAGACUUUGUCGCCCGCAACCACGAGUUUAUCCGGAACCAGGUCUCGUGGAGUUUGCCCGUCAACGGCAUCAACCUGCACUAUGUCGACGAGGGCUCCGGUCCCAAAACAGUAAUUUGCGUCCACGGCUUCCCGGACCUCUGGUACGGCUGGCGCUACCAGAUUCCCUAUCUGGUCAAACUCGGGUACCGCGUGAUUGUGCCUGAUGUGCGCGGCUACGGCCAGACUGACGCACCGGCGGGGAUUGCCAGCUACACGUCCAAGACCAUUGUCAAGGACUUGGUCGGCCUGCUCGACGCCACGAUUGGGGAGCAUGGAUGGUCUGGCGCGCUGCUCUCUGGCACCCUGAGCGGGUGCCAGGUCGCCAAGCGCCGCCCGAACUGGAAGUACCAAGUCUAUUUCAGCAAAGAGUCAACAACUGCAAAGCUCAAUGCCGAAAUCCCACUGUUUCUCACCACCAUUUUGCGGUCGCACAAGGAUGCCAUGUAUACGUCGGUCUUUAGCGAGUCUGUACCCAUUGACAAGCGCACUAUUGCUGAUGCCCGAGGUGCUCAGCGCAGCGAAAUGCUGGCGGAGUCUGAGCUUGGAUACCACAUCAGCGAGUACCAGCGCCAUGGAAUGGAGGGGCCGCUCAACUACUACCGCGUGCAUGAGCUGAACUGGCAGGAAGAAAGCAGCGCUGGUUUCAAACUUGAUAGGAUCCACAAGCCGUGCUAA